GUAUAAAAGCAAAUUUUUAUUUCAGUAAAAUGAUUGGCUGCUGCCCUUUCGAUAAUUUUUGUACAGUCUCCGAAAGUACCUUCCCCUUCUACCUUGUUUUCAUCCUAUACAAUGUUGACCGAUUCUUUGGGCACCCUUGCACUCUAUGGAGGUUUGGCAGCUGUCACCGCUUUUGUGAUUCAUAUCUUAUCGCAGCUGCUUGUCAAAGGUGAUCCUAAACACCCUCCCGUCGUGUUCCACGCUAUCCCUUGGCUCGGUAAUGCUAUCGAAUUUGGCGUGCAACCUAUCAAAUUCUUUCAAGACUGCCAAAAGAAAUAUGGCGAUAUCUUCACAUUCAAAAUGGCUGGUAUGACCGUCACUGCCUGUAUGGGAGCCGACGGCAACCAAUUUGUCUUCAACAGCAAACAGAACCUGUCUUCAGCUGCUGCUGCUUAUAACCAUAUGACAAAGUUUGUUUUCGGUCCCGACGUAGUUUAUGACGCUCCUCACAAUAUUUUCAUGGAGCAGAAGAAAUUUAUCAAGGCUGGUCUUGGAGCUGAAAACUUCCGCAAGCACGUACCUAUGAUCAUUGACGAAACCCAUGACUUCUUCGACCGCAACUUGUCAUCCUCUACUGGAUCCAUUGACGUCCACGACUUCUUCAGCAAGCUCAUUAUCAACACUGCCUCAAGAUGUUUGAUGGGAAAGGAAAUCAGAGCAAAUUUGGAAGACGGUCCUGUCGCUAAACUCUACUAUGAUUUGGAUCAAGGUUUCCAGCCCAUUAAUAUGAUGUUCCCCAACUUGCCAUUGCCUUCCUACAAACGACGUGAUGAAGCUAACAUCAAGAUGACCAAGUUGUACGCCAGUAUCAUCAAGCGUAGAAGAGAAGAAAAUGACAAUUCCUCAUACAAGGAUGGUACCCCUCUUCCUGAUGAUCAUAUCGCUCACAUGAUGAUUGCAGUCCUCUUCGGUGGACAACAUACAUCUGCUACAACCUCUACUUGGACUAUCUUGGAACUUGCUGCCCGCCCUGAGCUUAUAAAGGCAGUGCGAGAGGAACUUAUUGAAAAGUUGGGAUCCUUGAAGGCAGACCUCACCUAUGAGAACCUGAAGGAAUUGACCCUGCUUGAGUCUUGCAUCCGCGAAACUCUUCGUCUUCACCCACCGAUCUACCAAAUGAUGCGCAAGGUUAUUGCCGAACAAGUUGUAUACGAAAAAACUGGCCAUGUCAUCCCUAAAAACCAUAUGCUUUGCGCUGCCCCUGGUGUUACUCAGCUUGAUGAAAAGUACUUCAAUAACCCCACCAAGUAUGAUCCUUACCGUUGGAUCGAGAAGACUGACCCUGUACAUGCUAUGGAAGUUGAUUCCGAUGCGAAUGAAGAUUAUGGUUUUGGUACUGUUGGUUUUUCAUCAAAGAGUCCCUUCCUUCCUUUCGGAGCUGGUCGCCAUAGAUGCAUUGGCGAACAAUUUGGUUACUUGCAACUCAAGACCGUCAUUGCUACAUUUAUUACCACUUUCGAUUUCGACUACCCUGAAGGUGCCACCGUGCCUGAGUCCGAUUUCACUAGCAUGGUUGUUAUUCCCAAGCACCCUUGCGAUGUUCGCUACAAGCGACGACAGUAGAAUGGGAAACAACUCACCUUUUGCCACCCCGCAUUAAUUAUCAAAUCAACCUUUGCUUUUAACUAUGUUUUGACUCUUCUUGUGUUUGCUGAAAACCAUCAGCAUUCUAACUUAGGUCGUUUU